UUCAUUCUGUAAAGAACCGCGCCGACGAUCAGUUCUCUUGCGCCAAUAAGAAAGCGUGCGUGAAAGCUGUUAAGAUUGUGAAUCAGUUGAACUUGAACAUCUUGAUCAUCUUGAAGCAAGUUAAAACUGUGGAAAAUUGUUUCUUCUUGGAAAACAAAAAGUGUCAAGUGGUUUGUUCUGAACACAAUUGUGAUUUCGUUUGAAACGAGCAAUUUGGACUGUCGAUCCAAUCAAUCAUUAGGACUGUGAAUUUGUGGUUGAUCGUGAUUAAAAAAAACUGUUCAACAUGAAUAAAAUAAAUACAGCGCUGAGCAUGUGCUCUGUUGCGUUCGUGGUUUUGCUGGCGUUAAGCAGCGUCCAAGAGACCGAACAAGCAUCAGUUAUCUCCCAUGUUCCACUGGUGCGUUUGCCACGUUCCACAGCAACCCAAAAUACAGAAAUAUGCUUGAACAAAACGCCAUGCGGUUGGGCCGUUUAUCAACCAUACACCCGGACAGUAACAACCUACAUGCCUAACACAUGCUCCUGUCCGCAAGGAAAAAAUUGCUACCGAACGGAAGACGACCUGUCAUCGAGUGCCUACGUCUACAUUUGCAAGGACAAAGUAUAAACUGGAAAAGUUGACACAAUGUUUGCAGAUAGUUUGUCUAGCCAGCUCUUUUCCCCUAGAAUACUUCCAUACACUCAUCUCUCAGUCACAAAAUCGUUAUCCUCCUCUUUAAUUUAUUAUGUACUUUUAAUUUUAUUUCCUCCAUGCUUUGAGGAACAUAGAGAAUACGUGUUUUCACAACUGUAUUAGAAACUGUGCCACAGGCCAAGCCCUCCUUCCGAAGAAAAAUAAAUUAGACAAUUAGUGUUUCAUCCAACAAUAAGAAAUAGCAGAUUCUUACAUGUUUUGAAUACUUUUAUAUUCAAAUCUAUUAACGUCUAGCAGUAUCAACACUGAGUAAACAGUCAAAAUGUUUUUUAAAAACAAUUCAUGGAUCUAUUUUAUCAGAUUGAGGCAGAUGUAGUUUUUAAUAAGUUUAAGUUAUCAUGUAUAAUUAUAUAAGUUUUUAAGAAGUAAGUUUACUUUAUUGAGUUUUGGAUUCUUCAAGCUAAACACCAUUAAAUCGUAUGCAUACUACAAUACUACGGAAGUUUUGUGCAGACUCUAGACCAAUUAAGGUAGAAGAAGCGUCAUUAACCGCAACACUCACGGUUGGUAUAUUCUACUUUCAAACAGUUUCGAUUUCAUGAAGUACAAAGUUUUCAACAAUAGUUUAUUUAAGAAAAAAUUAAGACCAUUUCCACAGUAAUUUUGUUACACAAUCUAUUCUGCUAAGUUAUCGGGAAAUGUACUUAAUGGUUGAGUCUUCUAUCUACAUUUCAAACCGUGUUUGCACUAUUUUUACCAAAAUAUUACAGUAUUAAAAUAUUUCAAACACCUGCAAAAACGAUCCCAGCCAGCUAUAUUGAAAACAUUUGAUCAAACUCAAUAAAACAUUUUAUUUUGGUUAUUUUGUGUGUGUUUAAAACUUGUUAGAUAUAAUGCAGUCUUCUAUGGAGCUUUUUAUAUAAAUAAAAA